GUUUUGCUACUAACUGACGUUUAUCAUUAGGACUGGUCUACUGACCGGGAUUUUCAUCCUACAUGGAUCCGUCUGAAAUAUCACCCGAGUACGAGAUUACAGUCCGCAACCACAUUCGCCAGACCUUCCUUCCUUAUGUUAGGAAGCACAUUACCAGAGACCAUGUCGCAUAUACCGAGUUCAAGCUCGAGCAGAUCUUUACAGAAUCCCUAGAUUUUGUCCCGUUGGCGGACCCGCACGCGCUUGUGCUACCCCCAGAUCCACUCGAUACCCUCGCCAGGUCUCUGGGGGAUCUCGAUCUCUCCUUUGAUGAGCGCUUGACAACGGAUGGAGAUACCGUACGCAGACUCAAAUCAUCACUCAAGACUCUUGCGGGUGAAGGCAGGGAACUCCGCAGUGAGGCAUGCUGGCGGGAGGACGAUCACAUGUAUACACACAUCGCAGAGAUCUACAGACCUAUGACGCCCAUCCUUACCAACCGUGCGCGAAAGCAGACCCCGAAAGCAAGUUCCAACGCUCUCCGCGCAUCUCUCCCCCGCACACAGCCUGCGUUAUUCAAGCAUACUGGCGUUAAGUCUGUAGUGGUGGAACAAAUCGUAGAAUCAGAUGUACCUAACUUGGAGGAAGCUUUGAACGUUCGCCCCACGAUCGAAACCACUACUCGCAGUUACAUCCUUUCGCUAUUCAGGACGGCAAAUCCACCUGCACAAUCGACCGAGACCAACGCGCAUGUCAUUUCUUUCCUGCGCGCCGAUUCCCCACCGCUUCAGAUUCAACGUCCACUCUCCCCCCCUCUCUUCCCCCGAUCAAAAUCACACUCGGGCUCGUUAGGGACCGGUAUUGUGAAUGCAAAGGACAUCGUGGAUAGGCUAAAUGCUGUUCCUGCUCCCGUUCUGGAAGAGCUAGAGGACGACAUAGACAGGGUCAACAUGACGAUUGUCGACGGAUGGGCUAUCCUCCCCAUCUCUUCUCCGCCUUCCGCUUCGCCUCUCUCCUCACAAGACACAGAAAUUGACGAGCUAUGGGAGGCCUCUCCGAGUCCGCCUGGCACCCCUGCUACAAGCAUUUUCGGCGCUAGAAUGGACGAAGUGGAGAUCCCGCGUAUUCACAAACCCGGACACACACUUCCGUACUCCCCCAAACCAAGGGGUUCUAACAAUCUCAACUCGCUUCUCGAGCACCUGAAGCCAGUAGCUCCCACGAAGUUAAAGGGAGGAAACCCUACAACACCGAUGAAAAAGAAUCCAAAUAUUGCGCUAUUUCUCUCUUCCGCAAACGUAGAGGAUGGGAAGAGCCUUGAUGUAGAGGACUCUAUGCUCGGGCAGCCCCCUUCUGCUUGUACCGCUUCACCCCUUCCUAUUCGUCCAGGAAGAGACAGAAGAAAAGAGUCAGAUCAGGAUAAGGACUUGGAAGACAUCGAAAUUGAUGUGGAACGGGGUCUCGACAUGGCUCUUAGGCAUGUGUACCGAGAGGUGCAGGAGGACAACGUCGAGGGAUGUGUGUUGGAGGAGAGGCUGGAUGAAAAGGACGUUGCAUUGAUGGCAGUGCCGCACCUGCCUCCGCCAACCGUGCGCCCGGGCCCAUCCCUCCGACCCACAAGCAUGAGAGCCAUCAUACGCGGAGGCAAAGGGAACACAAAUAUGAAUUCAAACGUUUCGCGGUACACGACAUUGGAAUCCGUAAAAGGCAUCAAGCCGCUCAAUCUCGAGUUAUCCUGGAGACCCUUCAAAUUCACGCCCCCGAUCCCAACCGACGAAAGCGUCUCUCUUGUCGACGAACCUGCUCCAGAUGAUCUCAUCAAUCUGGGCUAUCCUGACAAAGCGAGCGAAGCGAAAAUCCAGGGACUGCUUGCAGGCCUCGAGACUACCUCGUGUCAUUCGGCCAACUUACCUGAAACGAAGAAAUCAGAGGACAGACGCGGUACUGGGAGUUUCGGUCUCUCACCUCCACGACUUCCCAAGCCCUUUCUGCAAGAAGAGGGUUUUGAACUGGUGCUGACAAAAGGAGAACGAAGGCUUCACGCUGGCCUUCCUGAAUUCGAGGAUCCGCAUGAACAUCGUGCUAAAUAUGGCGAGGAUCGUCAUGAGCGACGAGAUGGAGUACAAGGCGGAAAUGAAGCCUCCCUCGAAACGGACGACGACGAUCGGCCCGCCGAUCCUCCUCGCCUUAUCCGUCACGAUUCUGGCGUUUUGGCUAGUGUUCUCGACCACUCUGAUGUUGUGGAUAUCUCUGGUGCUACGUUCGACGAUUCAGGCAUUGUGUUCGAUUAUUCUUGUGUUGCAUCCCCCAUCCUCCACGAUGAUGAAGCGUAUUAUCGAGAUCGAGAUGAUCCGACUCACUCGGAAGCUGUCUACUCACCUGAGGAUGCCGAUUACUCCGACGAGGACAGAGAGACAAACUUUCACUAUGUGUACCAACUUCAGGAUGAGGAGCAAGAUAGCGCUCAGUACCACGACCAAGGACCGUCUUCAUCUUUCCCGUUGCCGACCCGCCACCGGCACGGUCCAAGUCUAUGUCCGGCGCGGAGACAUGACCAAGAUUAUGACUCCCAAAAUAUCUAUCCGGAAUCCGCUUUUGUUCCGCUUUCGUUUGGCUCUCAAGGCGAGCGGGUGUCAAGAUAUCCGAUCGAGCCAGGUGUACUCUUAGAUUAUGGUGAACGAAGUGUGUUACCGAAUACCGACAGCCCGAAGACAGCUCAAGGUGUCUCGGACAAGGAACAACCGGCGAACAUAUCAUCAUUCUUACGGCAUUUCGUGCCGGAGGAACCUAGUACAACUUCCCCUGCAUCCAAACGCAGACGACUGGACGACCCCAUGAUUACUACGAUCGCAACGCGGGGAUUUUUAGAUGACCACCUGGCACUGCGCAAUAAGCACAUGACGCACGAACCCCCUUCGUCCUCCGCGAUCGUCUCGUCAGAAAUUCAGGCUUUGCAACUCAGCGGCACCCCGCCACCCCGUGCUGCUCCGCCAGAGAUCAUUGACACCCACACCAUGCGUCUCCCCGAUGUCUGGAACCCACCGGCUACGAGCCAUUAUUAUCUUGCAAGUAUGGCUUUCAUUCAGAAACGCGCACUUGUCCGGGCCUUGCAAGCCCCCGAGUGCUGGGUGCAUCUUGUAGAGAGAUAUGUGUUGGGUGGGGCGGACAUUGUAAUGGAUCCGGACACAGCUGUGCUAGUGGCGCCGCUGCUGGCGCUUCCCUCUCAGGUAGAAGGACUCUCCGAUCGCAUCUCGAAGGCGUCCUGGCGGUAUUCACACAUCCUUAUCAUUCUCGAGGCAUUCCCGAGCGUCAAUGCGUAUACGGCAGAAAUCAAUAUGAACAGUGCCAAACUCAUGCCCUAUUCAUUCUCGCCACCCAUCCUCAAAGCUGUUAAGAAGCUCCGCCGGCUUUUGACCAUCGCCGAGGGUUGUGGGACGAAGAAUGCAGGGUGUGAGAUUCAAUGGGCGUUUGCCAGUGAUGUGGGCGAGGCAGCCCUCUUUGUAAGAAUGUUUGGGAACUUAGCUCAGGCAUGGGCUUUCAAUGGAAGUGGGAAAACACUUUGGGAAGAUCGGGGGUGGCUACAGGAUGAAGAGCAUGAGGAUGAAGCGGAUCUUGCGAGUGUGGAUGGCAUGAACCCUUUCGCAGCCUUCGUGAUGCUGUAUCAGAGAUCACUGCAAGAACUUCUCGACAUGUCUUCUGAGUCUCGUACGGCAGAGUUUUCUCAUGUGAUGGGAAGCCAGCGGAUAGCCUCUCUAAACGCCAUUAUCGAGCAGCGCAUACAGGAAAUGGAUGUAGAUGCGGCUACCGAAUCUGGUGUAGGCUACAGGGGAAUGGAGAAUAAAUAAUUCCAUUCACCACUUUAGCUGUGUUUCAUCUCGACCUUCCUGUGUGUUAUUCUCUGAUGAGUCAAAUUGAAAGCGAAUCUAGUUGAGAACAUGAAGUCUGACAUAAAUGAGUGGUGCUGCCACUGUGUUGUACGCGAUGGGUUUGCCUCGUGGAUCAGUGGCGGGCGGAAAUUACAAUGGUGGCAAAACACGUAUCUUGAAAAGGGUUUGUCACCACCACGUUUGCUUUACUCAAUGACAUGAAUCUCCCAUAGGCUCGAUGCAGUGCAGGUGUCACCACUCGUUCGGCAAGCUGAACCUUGAUUAACAGGUACUGAUAGGGGAGAGCGGAGUAAGCCGAAGCUCCGUUGACCUCGGUCCGCUGAAGAAGUGGUUUCAAG